AGGCACUUCCUCGGCUCUGGGGCACCCCAUGGUGGGCUGGGGUGGCCCUGGCCACACACUGCCACGGAGCCAUCAAGGUCUGUGCUGCGUGGGCAGCACGGGCAGGGGGUGGGCUUGGUGGCAGCAGCAGGACACAGCGGCGCAGCAGGAGCCCUCCUGCCCAUGGGGGGCACUGGCCUUCAGCUGCCAGCUGCGUGCACAGCUGGGCCCCAAAGGGGUCAGAUAUUCCCUGUGCAUCACCCAUGCACACAGCACAGGGACCCUGAGUUGCUGACUGCCAGGGCCUGAAGUCUCCCAGAGGAAGGGCCGUCCCUCUCUAUCACUGUACCCUGCUUUCCCCACUCUGUGCCAACAGUGGGAGGCUGACUAGCUGCCUGGGGGGCACCUUGCCUGGCCCAGCAACGCUCCCCUUUUAAUCAUUGACUGCCCUCCCUCAGCAGGCAGGGAGACGUGACUCCAGCACCUUCCCUGCUGCCAUGAAGGAGCCACGGUCACCCGCAGGGUUUGUGUGCAAUCAGCAUGACCGGGCUCAGCGGCGGUGGGCACUGCCACCCAGGGAUGCUGCAGGGAAGAGCCUUUGGGGUUGGGCUCAAGUCUGCUGGUCCCGCAUCCUCAUCCAGGAUCCUCCCCUGGGACGUGCCUUAGCACGAGGACGACUGCCCAUGGCCACACCGGCAGACCUCUGUGCUCCCCACAGCCAUCCUCAGCCUCUGUCGAGGAAGUGCCUGGCAGAGCUGGGGCUGGGAUGGCAGCAUCUCAUAUGUCGCGCAUUGGGGACAGGAGCCAAAGCAUUGCUGUCUCCCGGAAAGCGAUGCCGAGUGCAUGGGCUGGAGCCCGGCACAGCCACUGGCCCUGCCGCCAGCACGUUCAGUCUCUCUCCAGCUGCUCCGGCUGGCUGCGGGCAGCUCCAGCUGGAUCAGCCGCUUGGCAGCCAGCCGGGCACACCAGGGCCAAGGCACAACCUUGGGCAAACCCACCAACACCCACACUGCUCCCUGCAGCUCUUGCCUUCCACUGCAUUUCCCCCUCAUCUCCUGCCAUGAGCCCGUUUCUGGGCUCCCAUCUGCUCCUGUCCAGCUGCUCCGGAGCAGCCUGGCUGCUGGCAUCUGCACUCUCAGUCUCCCAGCUCCGGAUGCUCACUGCCAGCACCAAGGACAUCCCAUACACUGGGGCAGAGCAAUUACAGGGUCAGACCAGGGCAAUAAUGCUCAAAGGCAAGUGCCACCGGCAGUUGCAGCACGGGAGCAGCAGCUCAGUCAUGGUGGGACACCGGGGCAGCCCCUGCCCUGGCCGGGGGGACGGUGCUGCUGGGUGGGCAGUGUCAGACCGGCAGCAGCGCUGCUGCUCCAGGUGGGCUCUGUCCCUGCACAGCACAGGCAGGGACAAUGCAGGUCCCUUGCCUCCAUCGUGGAGGGCAGUGUGAGCCAACGCUUGCGCUUGCAGCUCCCACGUUACCAUCCCCAUCCCACCCUGUCCACUGGAGCAGCAUGUCCCAGUCCUGGCGCGGGGACCACCAGGCUGCAACACGGCCGCCUUUAUUCAGGGAGUUCUGGUGUCAGCCCCGGGCUAGAAACACCAGCCCAGCCCUUUUGCCCAUAGCGCUGUCCCCAGUGGGGCCCAGCCACACGGGCAGAGUGGGAGCAUCCCGGCCAGCCCGAGUGUGGCCAGGUCCUGGCAGCCUCCCUGGCAGCUCCUCAGCACCCAGCCACCGAGCAACCAAGCCCGGAGGGCGCAGGGAGGAGGACUGCCCUGCCACUAUCCCUGCCACUGCCCUGUUGCUCUCCCUGCCGCCCCAGGCCUGUCCCCUGUCCCCUGUCCCCACGUGUCGGCUCCCGCUGCCGACGGUGAAGUGCAGAGCGGCGACUGGGCAGGCAGCUGGGCCAUCCGCACCGGCUCCUGUUACUGCAUAAACACCCACACCGGGGAGAGGACCGCAGGCAAAAGCAAACAGUUACUGAUUUACUGCCGCUCUGCUCCAUGCCACAUUGUUGACUGUGGGGUUAAAUUACCUGGAGACAGACCCGGGCAGAGCAGACAUCGGCUCGUGACUCAGGACAGGGACCAGUUCCCCUGCCCCAUGCACCCCCGGUCCCCACGGGUCUGUGGGAUGCUCCAGCCCGGCGCUGGGGCUGUCCCUGGAACCUCUGCCAGCGGCAAGGGCACAUCACUGGAGACGGGUCUCACCCUCCUCCCUGCACAGGAGAGGCUCAUACUGCAACUGUGCCCAGGAUGGGGUCCAGGGAGCUGGGAUGCUUUGGGUUUCCCCCCAGCAGAGGGGUUCACCCUGUGACUCCGGCCGGGCAGCUCCAGCAUGCACAGAGGGACCGACAUUGUGACAGCAGCCAAACAACCCAACGCAUUAAGCUGAAACCAGGAGCUGUGAGCAAAGGGGCUGGGGUCCUUGCCACCCCCCCGCCCCCCAGCACAGUGCUGGGUGGCUCCCAAACCAUCAGCAGCCCCGGAAGAGUUGAAGCCACUGCCAACAGUGCCUGUGGAGGAGACGGGAACUGGUGGAGCAGCAAACCCUGAUGAGAGUAGGGCAGCCACGCUGGGUGAUCUGGGCUGCUUGGCUAGGCUGGGUCUAUCCAAACAAACCCCAGCUCAACACUGUCAGGCACCACGAAGCAUCCUGGCCUGCCGGAGGGCAGCACACGUGCCAUGGGAGGGGUAUCCCGGACAGCCGCCAGGCCAAGGGGGUCUGGGAUCCUACAGCCCCUGGCAACGCCGUGCCCCGGAGCACCAGGCACGCAGCUGGAGCAUGCUGGUGGCUCACUCCCCACCAUCCACUCGCCCAACCGGUGCUGCCGGCUGGUCCGGGCCAUGUCCCCGGGGCUGCUGGAGUCUGCGAGGAUGGCAAGGGCCAUGCGACAAGGCUGUGGCUAGGCAGAAGGAGCUCCAGAGGCUGCUGGGGAGGCACAAGGGAGCCUCGGGGCGGGCGUCUGCGUGGAAGUGCAGGCAGCCUGGAGGGCCCUUCAGUCAAGAAGCAAAAGCUGGAGGAGAAGUGGCUGCAGCAGAAGCCAGGAGAACAGCAGCUGCAGCCAAGCCACAGCUCCUGGCCAUGCCGCCGGCUCAUCCCAGCCUCUGGGCAGCAGCAGCUCAGGCCAGGGUCUCCAAUUGAGCUUGCGACCACGGCCAGGGCAGUGGCAGGGCUGGACCGUGCCCCAUCCCUGGCACAUCUGUGCCAGCACUUCCCGCUGGCAGUACCAGCAGCAUCCCCAUGACCUCUGGCGGCAAAGCCCCACGCGGGGCCAUGACAGUCCUGCACCCCACUGGCUCGGAGGCCAGGGACGGCUGGGGUCCAGCGUGCGGCACACGGGGGCUGUGGCCAGCGGCGCUUGGCUGCUGUUCCUGCCGGGCAAGUUUUCGGCAUGGCCGCCCAGUCUCCUCGAGGCUCCCCCUUCCUGGUCGGCAGCCAGCAGCACCAGAUACCUGAUACUCGGGUUGUGCAAGCAUGAAGGGGGAGCCUGGCCCUGCCCGGCCCUUGGGAGCCACCCGGAAGGCCGAGCCCUCCCGCCUGCCGGCCCCACCUGGAGAGGAGCUUAAAGGCCGGCUGAGCGGCCCCACAGGCGCAGCACCGGCUCCCGCACCAUGCCCAAGGCCCGCAGCGUGCUCGUCCUGGCGGGGCUCCUGGCUCUCUGGUCAGAGCUGCCUCCAGCAUCCGUCCAGAAUGUCACCACGAAAGCCGGCGUGUGCCCCGACCCGGCGAUGGAAGCAGUGAACUGCACAGUGGGGUGCCAGUCUGAUGGCGACUGCGAGAGCACCCUCAAGUGCUGCCCAGCGGCCUGCGGCAAGGCCUGCCAGAAGCCCGACGAGAAGCCUGGCACCUGCCCGCCUGUCAGCCCAGGGAUCCCCAUGCUGGGCAUCUGCGCAAACCAGUGCAAGACAGACUCCAACUGCUCCGGGAGCCAGAAGUGCUGCAGGAAUGGCUGCGGCAAGGUCUCCUGUGUGACGCCACUCCACUGAGGCACAGCCGCCUCCUGCCGGACCAUCCACAGGGAAGCUGCUGCCCGACACGAGUCCCACACGCCCAGGCCCUGGCCCUGCACCAUGGCCCCCAGCCCGGACACACUCCCGGCUAGGAGCCUUCAGCCUCAGCUCCCUCUUCGGGGUCCCUUGCUUGGGGUGCACCGCAGCCCCCCACACUCACCAAUAAAGCAGCCUCUCCCUGC